UGUCGUUGUCUUUGGUUACAGUCGCAAACGCUAACAGUAAUUGAACAAUAUCAAAUAUUUAUUAAUUGCUUUUACUAGACUAGCAUAAAUUGUUUAAAAUGGAAAAUGCCGAGGAAGUGUUCCAUUUUCUAGAGGAGUUUUCAAAGCGUAAGCCAAAAACGAUACCACAAGAACUCAACGACUACUUGGCGUAUGUAGCGCGCACCGGUGACCCCGUGUAUCAGUGGUCCAUUGUGAAGAGUUUGUUUAAGGAAAAGCUUCUGAACGUCAUAACAGACUUUUACGAAACUAAUCCAGGUAUUGAAAUCCCACCUUACCCCAACGUGGACCCUUUCAACUAUGAUAUAAUGAAGAAUAGCUUGAUUGAAAAACUUGAAUCUUUCAAUUCAGCCCCAUUUACUGUACAAAGAAUCUGUGAGUUGCUCACCUUUCCACGGAAGCAAUAUAAUCGUAUAGAUAAGUUUAUGAGGGCUAUAGAGAAGAAUAUAUUAGUUGUAAGUACUAGAGAACCAGGUCACCAACGUCAUCCUGAACCUGAAAAUGGUGAGCCAAUGGAACCAAUCGUGAACGGCUCCGAUAAUAAUUCUGAGUACAAUGUUGAUGUUGAAAUGGAAGAUAUGUCAUGGAAAGACAGUGCCGACUCACGUUUGAACUCUGAACCACAGCCCAGCUCGUCAGAUGCACACAUUUCUGUAGAUGAUUUAGAAGCACGACUAAAUUCUAAGGAAAGCUCUAUGGAAUCACAAAGCAAAGUUUCUCUUCAAUAUGAAUCAGUGACACCUCCAGAGUUGAAUGUAAAUGACAGCCCUGAUGAUCCUAUUCAGAGAAGUAAGGAAAUAUCUUUAACAGCUGUUGCAUCAACAAGCAGUGAGGAUGUAAAGAAUAAUAAUAGCACUCAAAUAGCCGAAGAGCCUGAGGUAAAAACUGAUGUAGAAAUGAAGUGCGAGGAACCAAUUCAAUCAAUGGUCAUCCCAGAAAUACAGGUGGAUGAUGCUGAGAUGACAGAGCUAAAGCUCAGAGAACAAUUAAAGUCAGAAACCUUAGAAGAAGACAUAAAGAAUCAAAAUGUUGAAACUGUUGCAGUGACUGUUGAAAGUCAUGUCUCAACAGAUGAGAGUAGUUCAGAUUCAAAUAGCAAAGAAGAAGUUGAGUCUAAGCAUAUACUAGAAGUCUCAUCAAGUGAGGAAAGCUCUUCAUCCAGUGAUAAUACAGAUGGCAACAGUAACUCACCUAAAGUUGAUCAUGUAGAUGUUCAAGAGGAACCAGUAAUGGAGAAAAUACCAUUAGAAACCCUGGAAUGUGCAGAAACUCAACUACAAGAGGAAUCUCCACCAAUUGUUGAAGAAGCUCCACCAUCUCCUGUUAAAAUACAGUGUGAUAAUUAUUCAAUAUCAGAUGUUCAGCCUGCACUGCAGCAGAUUCCUAUAGAACACAAAACUGAAGAAAUUCAAAUACAAGAAACAGAAAAAAAAGAAUGUGUGAAUGAAGUUAUACAGAAAAAAACAAGUGAGGAAACCUCAAUAGAAGGGAACUCUGCAGAAGAGAACACAACAGAAGACACCACAAUAGAAGAGCCCUCCACACAAGAGAACUCAACAGAACUGAACUUAACAGAAGAUAAAUCAAAAGAAAAGAACUCAACAGAGGAAAACUCAACAGAAGAGAACUCAACAGAAGAUAACCUAACAAAAGAAAACUCAACUCAAGAAGCACUAACAGUUGAAAAUGUAGAAGCUUAAGAAAAGUAUUUUUAAUGACAAUUUUUUUGACUGACUGUGUAGAUUGUAGAAUAAUUUUCAUUUUAUAGGUAAGCAUCUCUUAUUAUAUUAAGAUUUAUUAAAUACAUUUUGACAACUUAAUUUUUUGAGGACUACAACUUAUUAGGUUGUAUGUGAUUGUCCCUUCUCAAGCAUACAGGUUCAGUUUUCACAAAGGUAAGCGUUUUUAGAAUAUGUUUGGUUUUACUGUUGACAAUAUUAAAAAUCUAAACCAAUUCCAAUGAUGUAUUUUCUUUCAUUACAUAUUUUGGCAACUGUGCCCUGGCCUAGACCCCAUUUGUAUUCCAUUGGAAAUGAAAGUUUUGAGCUGCAAGCCUUAUUUUUCAUAAAAAAAUUUAAAACUGUUUAUUUAUAACGGAUUAAUCAUGAUUUCUAGACAUUGCUAUGCUAGUAAUAUUGUUGUAUACCUCUAUCUCUAGCUGUAUAUGCAAACUGUGUGUGAUUGGGGGAAAUGGUAUUUUUUAGGCAUUUUCCCCAUAAGGCAAAAACAUCACUCCAGGGGUGUCAUCUGCUAGUUUCUCACUUUGAGUCUUGUUUUGGUACAGUUUUUUUUUUACAUCCCAUCCAACAAAAAACAAUACCUUACAAUUUUUGGCCCACCUGGGAAUAAACUCAGUACACUUAAACCCUCGUGAUUAGUGGUCAUGCUAACCACUAGAUCAACGGGGCAUUUAAAAAAAAAAUUAUGUGCUAAUUAAAAAUUUAAGUAUGUAUUAAUUUUAAUAAAGAAGUUAUCUAAAUUAAGACAACUCCAUAUUUUUUCAUAUUAUAUAAACAGAUGUCAAUGAAGAAUCGAUACUUUGAAAUUAUAAUUAUUGGUAUGAUA